AUGGGGAAAAUGCAAAUAUGGGAAAAACGCAAAUAUGGGAAAAACGCAAAUAUGGGGAAAACGCAAAUAUGGGGAAAACGGAAAUAUGGGGAAAACGCAAUUAUGGGGAAAACGGAAAUGUGGGGAAAACGGAAAUAUGGGGAAAACGCUAAUAUAGGGAAAACACAAAUAUGGGGAAAACACAAAUAUGGAGAAAAUGCAAAUAUGGGAAAAUCCCAAAUAUGGGAAAAUCGAAAAUAUGGGAAAAUCGUAAAUAUGGGACAAUCGCAAAUAUGGGGAAAACGCAAAUAUGGGAAAAAUGCAAAUAUGGGAAAAACGCAAAUAUGGGGAAAACGCAAAUAUGAGAAAAACGCAAAUAUGGCAAAAACGCAAAUAUGGCAAAAACGCAAAUAUAGCAAAAUCGCAAAUAUAGGAAAAACGGAAAUAUGA